UCUAAUAGAUUUAAUAAUUAUUAUGAUUUCUAACUAACAUUAUUUUUGUCAGGCACUAGUAUGGCUAAAACGAAAACAAAAAAAAACUCGCGAAGAAAAAGCUGCUCAAGCAAGACUUCAUAAAAGAAAAAAGUAUGAGGAAAUUAAAAACGAUGCCGAAAACGCAAUUCAGAAGGAAAAAGAAAGACAGAGAUAUUUGAAAAGAACAAAAUAAAAUAAAAUCUGUUGCUCAAAUGACUUCAAGAGAAAAGAGACUACAAAGAAAAAAAUGGAACGAAAACAGUAAGCGUUAUUUAGAAAAGAAGAAAAAAGAAAGAGUAAUACAACAGAUGCUAAUUGACGAUUCACCUCCAACAAGCGAUAGAGAAGAAAAUAUAGAUGCUGGGGAAGAUCCAUUAGAAGGGCCGUCAAACCAAUUAGUAAAGGUGCCUAGCGUAAACUGCAAAAAGUGUGAGAAAAAAGAUAAAUUAAUAAGAAGACUACGCUAUGGUAUGGUACAAAAACGAAUUUAUAACAUGAAAUGCACCAAGAAAACAGAAGCGCUAUUUAUCAGAUACAUUAACUAACCUCCAUAAAAAGUUCAUGUAUAUCCAAAACAAUAAUAUUGCAUAUUCUACGUUUUGUAAAUAUCGACCGUUUUGGGUUCUCAAUCCGAAAGAAUCUGAUCGUAACACAUGUACUUGUAAAACACACGUUAAUUUUG